AUGAUAGAUCUCAAUAAAGAAAGCGGACAAGAUGUCUUGAGUUUACUUGUUGCUGCAGAUGAACUAGAAAUCUAUGAAUUAAUUCAUCAUGCACAAGAUAAUUUAAUUAUAAAAAAGUCAAACUGGAUUCAGCAAAAUCUUGUAAAGAUUAUGCAUAUCGUUUCGCUUUACAAAUCAUUCAAAAGAUUAAAUGAGUACUGUCUUAAAAUAAUCAGCGAAGAGGCUCAUAUGAUUUUCAGAUCUAGUGAUUUUUUAUCUUUGGAAGAACCAAUGCUUGUGUCUUUGCUUGAACGUGAUAGCCUAGUCAUGAAUGAAAUUGAAAUCUGGAAUUCACUUAUCAAAUGGGGUACGGAAAAUACUCUGAAUUUAAGCAAUCAACCUGUAUCAAAAUGGACGCCUCAAGAUUUUGCAGCUCUAGAAAAAACCCUUCAUCAAUGCAUUCCAUUGAUCCGAUACAUUGAUAUCUCAGGCAAUGAUUACUUUGAAAAAGUAAUGCCUUAUCGGAAAAUUAUCCCGAAGGAUAUGAAAACAGAAAUUUUGAGUUAUCAUCUUACCAAUUCGACUUCGCAACUCUUUAAACUUUUACCUCCGCGAUCUAGUCCAAUUGACUCGAACAUUAUUAAUAUUACACACACUAAGUUGAUUUCAUCUUGGAUUGAUAAAAAAGUUAUCACCGAUGUUUCUAGCGGAUCUCACAAGUCUCGAUAUAGAUUCAAACUCCUUUAUUGCGGUAGCCGUGAUGGUUUUGAAGCUACGAAAUUCCGUGAGCUUUCUGGAUCUCAAAAAGGAACUGUGGUAAUCGUGGAAAUAAGCAAAACUAAAAAAAUUAUUGGCAGCUAUAAUCCUAGCAAUUGGUGUGGAGAUAUUAAUAGUAGCUAUUAUGACGUUCGUAAAUUGAAUUAUCGUUAUCACAAUGUACCUGAUGCAUUUACAUUUUCCUUCGGUGAUAGAAGUGAUCUUCAAAGCGCGAAAAUUUUACGCAAGAUAGGAAAUAAAAUACUAUACAACCCUCAUCAUGCUAAUGCUGGUCCCUUUAUCGCCGACACUUUAUACAUCAGCGAUCAAUGUAAUAAAAAUGAUUUGAGUUGGUAUUAUGACACUCAACAUUCCAAGGAAGUAGCAUUUUCAUAUAAUUUUCAAGUAGAUGAAUAUGAAGUAUUUCAAAUUUCACGUGAAGUUAAAGAAUAA